GGUGAGAGGUGGUUUUAUGGUAGUGGUUUAGGGAGAGGCAGUCAUUUUCUACCUAUAAGAGGAUCCUCUCGAGGACCUCCCCAAGCAGUACCCCUAAAGUGACACUCACUCCCGUCCCAGGGCUGGCUGCUAUUUCACCAGCUCGGGCAGUGACAGCUGGAGGGCCUAGGAGAUGCAGUUUCCCACUCCCCACCCUAGGCUCCCACCCUCAAGCCUCUCCCCAGAGAAUCGAAUCUUUACUGCACUUCCCCAGGCAAGGACACUGGGGCUUGGAGUUGCAGUGCUGAUGGGCUGGGGCUUGCGGGUGAGAGACCUGCCCGGUGAGGGGGUGGCGUGGCUGGUUUCCAGAGCUGACAGAAAUGGUUUCAAGGCCUUCUUGGGCCACCUAAAAAGAUCUCUUGGCUUUCUGAAAUCCAGUUUCCCUAACAUCCCCCAGUACCUGGAGGUGUUACCUUUGGAGCUCCUGGAAGAGCCCACAGGGAGAGGUUGGGCAGAGCCAGGGCCCAGGUGGAAGCUGGCGUGGGAAAAAUCUGAACAAGGCUGUCUUUUCUCCAUAGGGUCUGUGGCCGAUCCCCAGGAGGAGCUACUCUGGGUUACCAUGAGAGAGACCUUGGAGGCCCUCAGCUCCCUGGGAUUCUCUGUGGGACAGCCAGAGAUGGUCCCCCAAAGUGAGCCCAGGGAAGGAUCCCAUAAUGUCCAGGAGCAGAUGUCCUCUUCUAGGGAAGAGAGAGCACUGGGGGUGUGCUCAGGGCACAAGGCCCCCACACCGGAGGAAGGUGCCCGCACAGAACAAGCUGAGGCUCCCUGCAGAGGCCAGGCGUGCACAGCACAGAAGGCUCAGCCUGUGGGCGCCUGCCCAGGAGACGAGUGGAUGAUUCGGAAGGUGAAGGUGGAGGAUGAGGAUCAGGAGGCAGAAGAGGAGGUCGAAUGGCCCCAGCAUCUAUCGUUACUUCCCAGCCCCUUUCCCGCGCCUGACCUGGGGCAUCUGGCUGCCGCUUACAAACUGGAGCCAGGGACCCCGGGGACACUGAGUGGGCUCGCGCUGUCCGGGUGGGCUGCGAUGCCCGAGAAGCCCUACGGCUGCGGGGAGUGUGAGCGGCGCUUCCGGGACCAGCUGACGCUGCGACUGCACCAGCGGCUGCACCGGGGCGAGGGUCCCUGCGCCUGCCCGGACUGCGGCCGCAGCUUCACGCAGCGCGCCCACAUGCUGCUGCAUCAGCGCAGCCACCGCGGGGAGCGGCCUUUCCCGUGCUCCGAGUGCGACAAGCGCUUCAGCAAGAAGGCCCACCUGACCCGCCACCUGCGCACGCACACGGGCGAGCGCCCCUACCCGUGCGCUGAGUGCGGCAAGCGCUUCAGCCAGAAGAUCCACCUGGGCUCGCACCAGAAGACCCACACUGGCGAGCGGCCCUUCCCCUGCACAGAAUGCGAGAAGCGCUUUCGCAAGAAGACGCACUUGAUUCGGCACCAGCGCAUCCACACUGGCGAGAGGCCCUACCAGUGCGCGCAGUGCGCACGCAGCUUCACGCAUAAGCAGCACUUGGUGCGGCACCAAAGGGUGCACGAGGCGGCCGGCCCUGCCAGGCCUUCUCCCGACGCCUCCGCUUCUCCUCAUUCCACUGCCCCGUCCCCCACCCCAUCCCCUCCCGGCCCAAAGCCUUUCGCCUGCUCCGACUGCGGCUUGAGCUUCGGCUGGAAAAAGAACCUCGCCACGCACCAGUGUCUGCACCGCAGCGAGGGUCGCCCCUAUGGGUGCAACGAGUGCGCACUGGGCGCCACCGUGGAUCCCCCUGCCGCCGAGCCCCUGGCCAGCGCGCCUGGCGGACCGGGCUGCGGCCCAGGAUCCGAUCCUGUGGCGCCCCAGCGCGCCCCCUCGGGCGAGCGGUCCUUUUUCUGCCCGGACUGCGGGCGCGGCUUCGCCCAUGGGCAGCACCUGGCGCGGCACCGGCGCGUGCACACGGGCGAACGGCCCUUCGCCUGCACGCAGUGUGACCGCCGCUUCGGUUCGCGGCCCAAUCUGGUCGCCCACUCCAGGGCCCACAGCGGCGCCAGGCCUUUCGCCUGCGCUCAGUGCGGCCGCCGCUUCAGCCGCAAGUCGCACCUGGGCCGCCACCAGGCAGUGCACACGGGCAGCCGCCCCCACGCCUGCGCCGUCUGCGCCCGCAGCUUCAGCUCCAAAACCAACCUAGUCCGCCACCAGGCGAUCCACACAGGCUCCCGCCCCUUCUCCUGCCCACAAUGCGGAAAGAGCUUCAGUCGCAAGACCCACCUGGUGCGGCACCAGCUCAUUCACGGCGAAGCCGCCCAAGCGGCCCCGGACGCCGCCCUGGCAGCCCCAGCCUGGUCCACUCCCCCAGCGGUGGCGCCGCCCCCGCUCUUUUUCUGAGCCUAGUUCUCACCAGGACCCUUUUUUGCCUACAGUUUCGAGAGGCCCGUGCCAUGAGACCGCCUGGGGUGAGCGCGGUGGCCUGGGCAGCUGCCCGAAGAUUUGGCCUCCGCGGGACUCCUGUGUCCUUCCCGCAGUGUCUGCGUCCGCACAGGAUACCCAGCUUGGACCUCCUAGGACAGAAAUGCGAGCGAACCCUUGCUGGGAACAGUUGAGACUGAAGUUCUUGGAAGGCUCCCACCCAGGUGCCCCGUUGGAAAGCAGAUAUUUCCUGGACCCAGCGCGGCCUCAACCAGGGCGGGAAAGAGUGGUUAUUUAUGUACUUAAAGUUUCAUUAAAAUUAAAAUCAGAAA